AAAGUUAAACGCUAAGAGUUGUUUCCUAUCUCAGUCGUCACCUAACCUUUGGAUAGAAUUUGUAAUAUUCAAGUAAAAGACAAAGAUUGCUACUUUGUAAUACUUUGAUUAUUUUCAUUCCGUUUAAUCACUAAAUAGAAAAGAUAAUUCAAGUGUUAAAAUGAAGACUUACAGAUCUUUAAGUUGUACAACAAUUUUCGUUGCAUGUCUGUUUCAAAAUCUUUUACUAUUUUCUUAUCUAUUUCUCACAUGUGACAGUGAACAAAAACUUGUACUAGUCAAUGUGGUAUUUAGACAUGGAGAUCGAGCACCUGAUAGAGAAAUUGGUGAAACUUAUCCAAACGAUCCGAAUGUGAAUGCAUCAUUUUUUCCAAUGGGAUCUGGUGGAAUGACGAACGAAGGCAAACGAAGAUCCUACCAAUUAGGAAAAGUUCUUCGUGAAAAAUAUUCCGAUUUUCUCGGUCCAAUAUAUUUAUCAGAAAACAUAAAAGCCCAAAGUACAGAUUCACAAAGAACAAUAAUGACUCUACAGUUAGUUCUUGCUUCAUUGUAUCCACCAGAAAGUGUUCAGAAAUGGAAUCCUGAUCUUAAUUGGCAACCAAUUCCAUUUAUUUAUGAAAAGAAGGCAAGAGAUUGGUUACUCUGGCCAACGAAUUGUCCUAAGUAUAAACAGGAGUAUGAGAAAGUUUUAAAAUCCUCGGAGAUUUUAAAAAGAAUUGAAAAAUUUCAACCGUUAAUGGAUAGAUUGACAAAACUUACAGGAAAAGAAAUAAAAAGUAUGAGAGACGUACUUAUUUUAUACAGCACACUUGACUGUGAAAAUUCUAUGAAUCUAACAAUUCCAGAAUGGGGUAAAGAAUACUUAAAUAAUGGACAAUUGUCAGCAGUUGGAAAUUUUCAGGUUGAAUUAAGGAAUUACAAUAAAAUGCUUAAAAAAUUAAAUGGUGGGGUAUUGGUGAGAAAAAUGAUAGAUGACAUGAUUGCUGCGAAAAAUGGGACAUUAGAAAAAGGUCGAAAAAUAAUAAUGUACAGCGCUCAUGAUUUAAAUUUGGGAGGGCAGAUUCUUACUCUUGGCAUAGCUGAACCGCAUAUUCCUAAAUAUACUAGUUCCGUUAUACUGGAACUUUACAAAAACAACGAAGCUUAUUUUGUACAGGUUUUAUAUUAUUUGGGAGUCCCAUCAGAGAUGAAAAUAAUGAAAAUCCCAGGAUGUGAAGAGAUGUGUCCAUUUGAAAAGUUUAUUAGCCUUUUAAAAGAUGUGAUGCCUGACGAUAAUGAAUUUAAAUGUCAAGCUUAGUUAAAUGUGUAUUAAUUUUAUUAUUUAAUAAUAAAUAUAUGGAAGAAAUUUUGUAUCGAUGAUA